AUGUUUCGUGGUAGUGCAAUCAAAUACGUCAUUUUUCUCAGUGUUCUCCUCGGAAUUGUAAUUCUAACGAAAGUUCUUCAAAGUGUUAUUGAAAAAGCGAAUAUUAAAAGUAAGUGGUGGUGCAUUUUUUACCUAGUAUAUUUUUUCUUUAUUAUCAGAGAUUCGAGUAAAUGAGUAAUAAACGUAAACUUGAUUGAGUAAAUACCUGUUAUUAGGUAUUUUUCAUCUGUUUUAAGUUAAUAUAUAUACAACAAAACAUUUCAAGAAGGCGAUUAGAAUAUAAAACAAAUCAUAUAUGAACACUUCACUGUGGAUGCGAAUUUUAAUUAAGAAAUGGUCACGCAUUUUGACGCUUGUGUUAAUUAAGGUAUUUCAAAUGAAAUAAGUUAGGGCCUGUUUACAUGGAGGUGGGGGACCCCAGGUAGGUGAGGUAACCCGCUUUGGUGGGUAACCCGCCUGUCCACAUAAUCUCUCAUUUUAAUUUGAUCACGUUUACUUGAUAGGUGGGGUGACCCGCCGCAUGUUACCUCACCUAUCUGGGGUCCCCCAUCUCCAUGUAAACAGGCCCUUCACGAAAGUUGAAUAUAACGAGAAGAUGCUCAAAAGAAACAAAACCUGUUGAGACAACAGCAACAAUUUUUUUGAGCGAAGGAAUCUAGCAACUUUGUUCGAGCGUUUUUCACAGUUUUAGUUAUACCGUCAGAUCCUGAUCCGAUAAAAUAAUGCUUUUUCUUAUCAAUCAAGAGUGUAUCGAGAAAUUGGGGCAAAAAUAAUGGAAAAAAGGUCCCGGAGAUUAUCAUUAAACUCAGGAGCCCAUCAAAUUGAUGGGCUCCUGCUAAACUUAAUUAAUGGCGCGAAAAUAAACAUUAACACCCUGCAAAUUAACGCGAAGUUUUGAAAUUCGCGUUUAUUCCUUGAAGCGUCAACUUCUUUCACUUCAGGUUUAACCCUCGGACGUAAACGUAAAUUCAUACCCCCAACGGGAGGGGGGAAGGGUGAUGGAUGGAACCCCUCCCCAGAGUUUUUGAUAGUGUUUGAGUUUUGACACUGUUCUUUCGAUCUUCUUCUCUUUCAUCUUGGAUUUUACCAAGAUUUAGAAAUCAGGUUAAAACCGCGAGAGGUGGUAAUUUUUUGUGCUUGACAUGAAAAAUAACACAUAAAUAAGCACUUUGCAUGAUUUUAGCCACAAGAUUUACCUACAUUGCUGAAAAAAAGUUGAAAAACAGGUAUUUUCACUCAAAAAUGGCUUGAACUACUUAUGACGUCAUAUCUCGUAACCAUAUAAACUGACCAUCACUUAACUUGUUUCAAAAUGCGCGCGAGAGAUAAACGAACAGCUGCUGAAAACGUCAGGUGCAAAUGUUUUAUCGUCUAGGAAAAAAAACUCAGAAAAACCUCAGAGGGGGGUGGCAGCCACCCUCCUCUCCCCUGUACGUCCGAGGGUUAAGAAACAAUUCACUCGUUAAGGGAAAGAACAUGAGACCCGCCGGACUUAGGAGAGCAGUGGAAAAUGAAGCCUGAUAUCAAGGCUCGUGAUGCAUUAUCUACUUUUAUUCGAGUUUGAUAGGUAGUCUAACUGUUUUUUUUACAUUUUUUUUUCUCAUCAGCUUCAUAUUUUAGUCAAUAUAAUGGUCGACUGGUUAGAAAACUUCCCGGAAUUACUACCCUCCCUGUUCCCUCUCAAAUGGAAAAUAACAAUUCAAAGGAUCAGUUUCUUUCAUCUAGUGAAACUGCAAUUUAUGAACAACAACUACUUCAGGAAAAACUCCAAGCAAAAGUAAUAGAACUACAAGAAAAACUAGCCAUGCAAAAUUCUGGAUGGGAUCCUAAGCUGCCGACAAUUUUUGCCAUUACUCCUACCUAUAGGAGAUUUUUACAAAAAGCUGAGUUAACGCGCACGGCCCAGACUUUAAAACAUGUUAAAAAUCUACACUGGAUUGUCGUGGAGGACUCGCACGAAAAAACAAAUCUGGUUAAACGGCUUUUAAAUCAUUUUGGCAUCAGAUAUACUCAUCUUAACGUACGGACACCGGUGGAAAUGAGGAUUGGGCGAAAUAAGCCACGGUGGACUAAGUCGAGAGGUACAGAACAACGUAAUGUGGGAUUAGAAUGGAUACGUGACAAUAUUAAGCCCAAUGAAACAAAAGGAGUGGUGUACUUUGCUGAUGACGAUAAUACUUACGACAUAAGAUUAUUUGAUGAGGUAACAAUAUUUUCUUCUUUUAUCAGUUUUUGUCUCCUUGGCAUUUUUAUCAUGUUUGCUCAAUGAAAACUUUUCAGAGUAGCUUCACCCUAUCAAAGGGAAUCCACGACGUUCUUCUAUUCCGGAUUCCAAAUACUUGCAUGUCCAGUGUCUGUCAGGGAAAGUUGGAUUCUGGAUUCCAGUCGUUGGUAGGAUUUCGGAUUCCUAGAGCUGUAUUCCGGAUUCCAAGGCCAAAGAUCCCGGAUUCCACAAGGAAAAAUUUCCCGGAUUCCCUGACAGGGGAAACUUGCCUCAGAAGCAAUCUUCGUGGAGAAAACCUUGAAAUAAAUUUGUGGCGUUAGACAUCAAAAUGCGAAGGUUAUUUCAAGUGGAUGGCUUUGGAGUUUGUUUACUAGCACUUUACAUUGUAAAAGUCUUCUUCUAAACUGAUUGCGUUACUAUUGAACAACAUGUUUUUGAAUUAACGCUGCCCAGCUCUAUUGGCAGGAUAUUUGUGUCCUGUUGAUGUCUUGCAACACUAAUUCUUCCGACAGUAUCAGCCUUCUUUGUAAUGUGAGAAUUUAGUUUUAAGUAUUUCGAUCUAUUAUAGAUCCUAGUAGCCAUACCAACAUCAUUUUCGCUCGCAAGACUUAUUCCUUUGACCAAUUCAUAGUCUUAGGUGCUAAGUGUCGGCGCUCCUUCCUCUGACUCCUCUGUAGUCAUCGCUUUAAAGUUAAAAACCUACUGAAAACAUUGCUAAUAACAGACCUUACUGAAUUAUUUCAUCUUCAUUAGAUGCGGACGAUUAACACCGUUGGGGUGUGGCCAGUGGCAUUUACAGGGGCAGCUAGAUGGGCGGGUCCCAUCUGCGAAAACGGUCAUGUGACUGGCUUUCAUACCAACUGGAAACCAUUCAGAACAUUUCCUGUUGAUAUGUCGGCGUUUGCAGUAAGCUUGAAAAAGCUGCUGGUAGAAAGACCUGAGGCUCGAUUUGAUCCUGAUAUCAAGCCAGGAUUCCUGGAGACUUCAUUUCUAGAACAGAUUACCACUAUGGACGAGUUGGAACCUAAGGCAAGCAACUGUAUGAAGGUAUGUAGUCAGUGUAAUAAUCCCGCUCGUCCCCUGAGAUUCUCCCAUGAAAGGUAUGGGGUUGUUCGUCGUCGUUUAUUGAAAUACAGUCAAAUCCCGUUACUGAGGGGGCCAUAGAAAGUGUCGGCCGUAUUAAGCGGGUUGAAUUUAGAGAAAAUAUAAAGGCUUUAGCUUUCUCUCUCCAGCGACAAAGAUAACUGUCCGUGGGGUUUGGAGGUAAUAUAGUUUUAUCAGUUUACUUAGGAUAAUCAGGACGAAAAGGUUAGUCAUAUUUUUUCAUACACUGGGAUCACUUGGCGUUAUACGUAAAGAAAGAUUUUUUUAAAAAUUAAUAAAGUUUAAACAGAAACAAGAAACAAUGAAAAUAACUACCUUCGUACUUUGCGGUACAUGCUUUCUUUUCCUCAAGCCUAAGACACGCACUCUCACAUUAGUCUGCGUGCUUUCGAUUCUAAUUUUCCACGAGCAUACUUAUCCUAAACUCCAAUAUUCGUCCAAUUUCGCUGAACAACAGUCGAAGGUCGUGGUUUUGUCACAUUCAUUCAUUCCAAACCUUCCCCUGUUUUAAGCCCCCGUACUUUUUGGAAAUUGGCGUGAUGCAAAUAACAUUGUAGAUAGGGUAACAAGAUGAGUGACAAAUCUGAUGGGGAGUACAUUGUAGCUCUCCGCUUGCCAAACAACCUUUGAGCUUGAGUAUGAAUGCAAAGUUGUCAUGUGAAUCAGAAGCAACCGAUAAUGAAACGAACAGAGUCUCAAGAGAUGCCCCAAUUUCAAUUGCAAUCAACUCAAGAGCAUUCAAACUCCAGCAUUGUAUCCCUUCCUUUGUUAUAUUUCUGUUGUAUGGUGACUUGUUUUUGCAACGUUUCACUUGUUGUUUUAGGUAUACGUGUGGCAUACAAGAACCGAAACACCAGUUAUCAACAUCAAUGGAGAAAAACAGCUCAUUAAACGGGGAAAACCCUCAAAUCCUGACGUGGAAACAUAACUAAUCACUUUCACGUGAAUUCUUCCCUCCAUUAUCAUACUUACUACAGUCUUAAUUAAUACCUAAUAAUGCAUAAAAUUUCUUAACUGAGGAUUUUCCGUCAUUACUGUGGCGGG